AAACUUUGAACUCAUAGACAACGCAUUCAUUAUCACCAAAACCACCGAAGAAUGUCUUCGCUAAACAAUUCCAGUUACUAUCAGUCACUGCCGACUACGGGUGCGGUCGCCGUCACCAAUGAUAAGGGGGAGAAGACUAUGCAGAAGGUGAAGGUCCAGAGAUACAUCACUGGCCGCAGACCGCGUUUCGCCACUAAUAAGGGUCAGACGUCCAGCGAAUCGGAAGAGAGCGACGAAUCGGACAAUGAGUUGACCACUAAUUGGAGGAAUAGUUCCCAACAGCAGCAGCAAAGAGGGCAACAAUUGAGCGCUCAAUAUGUGGUGAAGACCGAAGACAGUGACCACGAGAUCGAGUAUAAACCAAAUGAUCCACGAAUUCGGCGAAUGAUGUCUCGAAGGGAUGUAAAAACGGAAGACUCGGACGAAGAGGAGGACACCAAUCGUAGGCACAAUCGACGACACGUUCUUCAGCCGCAGAUAUUAUCGUUGGGAACAACUGAUGACAGAGAGACCGCCGAAGACGCGAAGAGUCGCCGAAGAAGUCGACGCGAGACCGAAGACACGAGUUCUGAGGAAGAGGUGGACGACGAGAACGUCGAGCGACGACACGAAGCGUUGCGAUUGAAACGAGAGGAAGAAGAGGAGGAACUCAUGGCUAAGGAUGAGGACGAAGAGGAGGAGGAAGAAGAGGAAUCGGAAUACGAAGAGUACACGGAUUCGGAGGACGAGACGGGGCCUCGACUUAAGCCAGUGUUUGUGCGCAAAAGAGAAAGGAUUACCGUCUUUGAGAAGGAAAAGGAAGAGUUGAAAGAAAGGGCACAAAAAGAGGCCGAAAGGCGUGCGGCCGACGAACGCAAGCGACAGACGCUUAAAAUGAUUGAAGACGACGUCCGACGAGAGGAUCAGGAAAAGGAGGACAAGAAGGAAGAGGAGAGCAUUAAGAGAGGGAUCGCCACUGUGUUGACCGACGACGAGAACGAGGAGACGUCUUACGAGGUCUGGAAAUUGCGUGAAUUGAAGCGAAUCAAGAGAGACAAAGACGAGUCCGAGGCCUUCGUUCGCGACAAACUCGAGGUCGAGAGGCUUCGGCUGAUGACCGAAGAGGAGCGCCAACAGGAGCUGAAGAACAACCCGAAGAUCGUGACGAAUGCGGCGCCGAAAGGCAAAUACAAGUUCCUCCAGAAGUACUAUCACAGGGGAGUCUUCUUCCUCGACGAAGAGGAUGAGGUGUUUAAGCGUGACUUCGCUCAGCCGACCCUCGAGGACCACUUCGACCGCACGGUUGUGCCAAAGGUAAUGCAGGUGAAGAACUUUGGCCGAUCCGGUCGUACCAAAUACACGCAUCUCGUCGAUCAGGACACCACCGCUUUCGACAGCGCCUGGGCUGCGGAGUCCACACAAUCCACCAAAUUUCACACACAACAGGCCGGGGGUAUGAAACAGGUGUUCGAACGGCCGCCCGGCAAACGCAAAUGAACCACAUUUUAGACAUGUUUUUGUUGUUUUUAACCCAAUUUUCUGUAUAUUAUUCUGUAUUCAGUAUCACAUAAUCAUUAGCCUC